AUGAAGAGCGACUCUUCCUCGUCUGCAGCCCCUCUCAGGGGUCUCGGGGUGCCCCUCCGGAGCAGCGAACCGGUGCCCGCCGCCCCAGCGCCAUCGCCCGCUGUGGUUCUGCUGGAGGAGGCGGCUGACCUCUUGGUGGUGCACCUGGACUUCCGGGCGGCGCUGGACACCUGCGAACGGGCCUGGCAGAGCUUGGCCUUGGAUGUACAUAAUGAGGAGCAUGGCAGCACCUCCUCGGAGGUGAAAUGUUCCCUGUGUGUUGUGGGGAUCCAGGCCUUGGCUGAAAUGGAUCGAUGGCAAGAAGUCCUCACCUGGGUCCUUCAGUAUUACCCCAUCCCAGAAAAGCUGCCUCCCAAAGUUCUGGAACUGUGUGUUCUUUUAUACAGCAAAAUGCAGGAGCCUGGAGCUAUGCUGGAUGUGGUCAGUGCCUGGCUCAGAGACCCAGCCAAUCAGAGUCUUCCAGAAUACAGAGCUUUGGCAGAUCUUCACCUGCAGAAGGUGCUGCUACCUCUGGGCCAUUUUUUAGAGGCUGAGGAGCUGGUGGCCGACGCUGUGGCCUUUGGUGAGGAGCAGCGGCUGAAUGCACUCCAGGCCAUUCAUAUGGCCAGGGAGCAGAAGAAAGGUGAACACCCAGGCUUUGAGGAGACCCAGAAGGCCAGCCAGCCAGACUCCUCCCACAAGUUCCUGUCACUACUGACCCUGCUUCGCCGGCUUUGGGAUUCUGCAGUGACUCGUGUCUUUUCUCUGCCCUUCAAAAAGACCCUCCUUGCCACCUUGAUCCUCUGCUUCUUGAUGGUGAGGUUUGAUCCUGCUUCGCCGUCCUUCCUGCCCUUCCUCUACAAGCUGGCUCAGAUCUUCCAUCGCGUCCGGGAAGCUGUAUUUUCUCCCCUCUACCGACUCCCUCUCCAGGACUGA